AUGGACAUCGGCCCCGGAAUCCCGUCGCCCUCGGCCGGAAUGACGUCACCGCGGUCACUCCAGACGCCCCCCAACCUGGACAAUAUGAGUCUGGAGACGGGUGGCGGAAGCACCCAGAGCGCCGCCGCCAACGCCAGUGCCAACAAUCCCCCCUCCUCGGGGCUGCUGAGCCCCAAGCAGCAGCACGGAAUGCCCCAAAUGGGGUCGCCGGGUUCCUCCCUGGGGCGCAGCUCCUCCGUCAGCCCUCCGGGGCCGCCCCUGUCCCUCGUCACCAGCAACAACAGCAAGAGUCACUACUCCUCGUCGAACGGACAGCCCUCGUGUCUUCCCCGGUCCCAGGGCAUGUUGUCGAUGGGGGCCACACUGGCCCACUCGGCCGCCCCCCUCGGGUACCAUCGCUCCCUCCACCCCUCCAGCAGCCCGCCCGGUAUGGCGGCCGACAUGACGACCAACGACUGUCGCCUCAUCGAGUACAGGGGCGCAAAGAUAGCCGCCUUCUUGGUGCACGGGGACUACCUGCUGUGUCUACCCCAGGCCUUCGAACUAUUCCUGAAGCACCUGGUGGGGGGCUUGCACACUGUCUACACCAAGCUCAAGCGCCUAGACAUCACCCCCAUCGUCUGCAACGUCGAGCAGGUCCGCAUCCUGCGCGGACUAGGGGCUAUCCAGCCAGGGGUCAACCGAUGUAAGCUGCUAUCCUGCAAGGACUUUGACGCUUUGUACAAAGAUUGCACGACAGCCAGGAGGUGCUUCAGCGCUGGCAGGGACCUUCCGCACCACGAGCUGGCCGCCACGUCCUCACUCUACGGACCCAUCGAUAGUUCUCGUCCUGGUCGACCUCCGAAACGUGUAUCCAUGGUGCCAAUGGCAACCGGUGUCACGACGACGGGCCUGGUGAAGAAAUCUCGGAUGGAUGGUGAUUAUCACACCUAUGAGAAUGGACACAUCACUAGUGAUCGUUUGGACAAACAUCUCUUGUCGAACGGAUACGGCAGCAGCGUCGGACAUCACUCCAGCGGUGCCACCAGCCACCUCUCCCCCCUGCCAUUCAUGACGCUCAACUCCUCGCACCACAGUGGCGUCAUCACCGGUGUCUCCCUGGCGACCACAGCCACAUCACACGCCUCGUCGAGAGGGGACGUGGGAAGGGACAGGCAAAUGAGCAGCGAAAACCUCGUAUCUACAAGAUUAAGGGAUGAUCGCUUAGAACCAUCUGAUGUUAAAGACCGAAUAUAUUAUGAAGUCUCCCGACAGAAAGACAGUUAUGUUAACGGCACGGGAGUCGGCAGCGGUCACAGUCCUGUUCUCAACCUCUCCCAGAAUAGUAGCAGGGGCGGCGGAGGAGGGGGCGGCCUCCAUGCAGCAGAAAACAGCGGCAGCGAGGGCGCCUACAACGAUGGGGCGGACGAUGACUACAGCGACGAUGACGACGACGACAGAGAUCAAGACUUUAGUGACCAUCCGGACGUGAGCAGCACGGCAAAUGGGGGCGAGCGCCUCCCUGUGGCCACCACACAGAUUUUCCCCUUCGGCCACCUGACGAGUGGACACGAUGGAGGAGGACAGAUCUCUCCAACAGGUGGACAGGUGGUAUCCUCCAUCGAAACCUUACUCCGAAAUAUUCAGGGUUUGCUGAAGGUAGCUGCUGAUAAUGCGCGGCAACAAGAAAGGCAGAUCAGUAUUGAAAAAACGGAGUUAAAAAUGGAGGUACUCCGGGAAAGAGAAUUAAGAGAAACACUCGAGAAGCAGCUUCUAGAAGAGCAAAGAACAAGAAUUCUGUAUCAGAAACGACUGAAGAAGGAAAAGAGGUCGCGGCGCCGCUUCCAGGAGCAGCUUGAGGCGGAGGUCAAGAAGCGAGCACAGUACGAAGAAGCGCUCAGAAACACCUCUGCAGACACAAUUCGCAUGCUCAACGACACCCUCACUCAGGAAUACGAGCGGGAGAGGAGCUCGAUAACGGACAAUGACAACAACCCACACGGUAAGCAGCACACACUGAACGGAGGAAAAGAGUGA